AUGAGUUCUUCAGCGCAAGGAGCACCGAGAGCACCGGCAAUAUCAACAAUACCUACAACAUCAAAUGAUGAUAAAAAGAAAGGAUUAAGUCGAGUUUUAGGACGAAUGAAGACAGUUUUAAAAAGAAGUGAUGGAUCAAAAAGAUUAUCAUUUGUUGGAAAGUCUUCAACUUCAACUACACCAGCAGGACCAAGUAUCCCCAAAUCCACUGAUCAAGCAUCCAAAUCAAAACCAAUACCAAUACCAACAUCAACGUCAGAACCAUCCAAGGAAAUACCAAUCUCCAUUCCCGUCGUCGUCGAAACGAAACAAAUUAUUGACACCAAUACCAAAACUACUACUUCUAACACAACAAAACAACAACAAUCUAAAACAAAAUCUCAAUCCCAAUCUCAACCUCAAUCUCAACCUCAGUCUCAACCAACAAAAGUUUCUCGAGCAGAAAUUAAUGCUGAAAGAGCUCGAAAAUUAGCUGAACGUUUUCAAUUACAAAUCGAACCACAUGAAUGGCAAUCUCUUACGGGAGAAAAAGAUGUUUGGAGAAUCGAAAAACCUAUUCGAAUGAGAAUUCAUAGAACUUGUCAUAAAUGUGAUACAACAUAUGGUGCCAAUAAAAUUUGUACCAAUUGCGAACAUCCAAGAUGUACAAAAUGUCCUAGAUAUCCUUUAAAGAAAAAGGAUAAAGGAAAAACUACAGUUGCAAAUAUUGGUCCAACAAAAGUCGAAGUUGAUAGAGAUUGGAAAAAACCCGAGAAAUUAAUCAUGACUUUACCAAGUCAAAAAAUCGGUGGUCAACCUUUGGUUAGAAAAAAACCUACUCAAAGAGUUAGAAGAACUUGUCAUGAAUGUUCAACUCUUUUCACAGCUGGAAAUAAAAUUUGUACAACUUGUUCUCAUACUCGUUGUGCUGAUUGUCCUCGAAAUCCAUCCAAGAAAAAGAAAUACCCCGAUGGUUACCCUGGUGAUCAACCAUCCUCUACAAAUAAAAAAUUCGCAUGUCAUAAAUGCGAUAAAACUUUCCCUCACCAAUCCUCCUCGGAUCCAAAAAUUAACAUGCAAGAAUGUACAAGGUGUAAGCAUGUUAGAUGUGAUAUGUGUAUGAUAGCUAUUCCCCGGAAAGUGGUACCGGAGCCUGAUCCAGAGGUGUUGAGGAGAGUGGAGGAGAAAUUGAGGGGAUUGAGUAUUAGACGACCGAUGACUGUGAAUGUGGUUGUUUGA